GGCUUCAGUGACAGCCAGCUUCCUACCUUACAGGGGCUUCAGACAGCCAGCUUCCUACCUUACAGGGGCUUCAGUCAGCCAGCUUCCUACCUUACAGGGUUUUCAGUGACAGCCAGCUUCCUACCUUACAGGGACUUCAGACAGCCAGCUUCAUACCUUACAGGGGCUUCAGUCAGCCAGCUUCCUACCUUACAGGGGCUUCAGACAGCCAGCUUCCUACCUUACAGGGGCUUCAGUCAGCCAGCUUCCUACCUUACAGGGGCUUCAGACAGCCAGCUUCCUACCUUACAGGGGCUUCAGACAGCCAGCUUCCUACCUUACAGGGGCUUCAGUCAGCCAGCUUCCUACCUUACAGGGGCUUCAGUGAUUAGACUCUAGUGUUGUUGCUCUCUCUUCUUGUAGAUGGUUCAGAUGGGUCUGGCCCAAACACUGAUUCUCAGGGUAGUGUGGACAGUUUACGGAAGCACCUGCGGGCCGAUGCUUUCACUCAGCAGCAGCUGGAAGCUUUGGACCGGGUCUUUGAACGCCCCUCGUACCCUGACGUCUUCCCAACCUCGGAGCACAUCAAACCAGAACAGGUUAGCAACGUCUUGUUGUUUGUUACCAUUAACACUAUCAAAUACACCUGUAUUACACCCACCUCACCACUUCCAUUCCAUCCAAGUUCCAUCGCCGCGAGCUGUACAACCAUGAUAUUGUUGUUGUUGUUGUUUUUUCUGUUUGUUUAUUUUUAGUGUAUUUUUUGCUUCUCCUAACGUAGAUUUCCCUGAAACUCAACAGAUUGUUAUUUACUUUUUUGUGCUGAGAGAUUCUGCUAUUUUAUUUAGUUGGCCCAGAGGCCUCCGAAGUAGCACACAGCAAUCUGAGCAAUACAUAUCUGCUCCACGCAGCUCUCAAAAAUAAAAUGGCCACAAAAGUCUAGGCUGUUAAAACAGUCAUUCCAGUGUUUUAGAAAACAGCAUGUAAAAUGCUGUAGGGAUCUCAGGGAAAACUCCCACGUCGUAUUGAUCUUGGGAUGAAAAAACACCACAUUCUCUGGAUCCCUUAUAAUUGAGAAUAACAGAAAGGCAACAUGCAAUUAAUCAAUACCUCUAUUUUUCUCUAUUUUUUUUGCUGCUGUGUUAUUUGACUCUGUGUUUCUGUUAUAGUUCUGUGUCAUUCUUCAAUAAUGUUUUUAUUGAAACAGUGUAUGAAGCAGCUUUCGGGCUGUCAGAUUUAUCACAGAAAUGUUUUUAUAAAUUGUAAACAUAGCAAGGGGCUUUCUUGAUUUGUUUUCUUGAGGUGUUUUCACACACCUGGGUGUAUAUACAGGAUUUUCAAUGUUUAUUCCUUUUGAUGUCAACACCACAAACACUCACCACCUAUCCAUCCUCAUUUACCAAAUGAAGACCCCAUCUGUAACCACCCCCUACCCAAAACCACAAUAACUAGACCCUUAUAUGUUUACAUACUACAUGUAUUCUUAUUAAAACCUCUCGUAGGCUUAUUACAAUGGAUAACCUUUAUUUACUUUCAUUAGACUAUUAAACAACAAGAGACUAUUCAUUUGUCCCCGUAUAAAACUACAAGUAUUUAAGGAGGGACCCAUAAAAGAAGCUAAAGCAAUGGGCCUAAUUGAGUUCAUUUUAAUUUCUCUCCGAUCGCGGUGAAUUACGUAGGUAAUAAAUCAGUAGGACAGGACUCACCUCCAGAAGAGAGCCUAAUUUGGAGCUAAUUACCAAACUGAUUUCUACUGGAAGAUCAAUACCAAAACGAAUUGGAAAUGACUUGCAAUCACAGAGAGCUUCAGAUAGAGUAUUAAAGAAGAGGAAGAGAGAAAAGGAGGAGGGGUUCAAAAGAAAAAGAGGCCAGUAGAGGAAUAAUGGAAUAAGAGGCCAGUAGAAGAAUAUGGGAAUAAGAGGCCAGUAGAACAAUAAGGGAAUAAGAGGCCAGUAGAACAAUAAGGGAAUAAGAGACCAGUAGAACAAUAAGGGAAUAAGAGACCAGUAGAACAAUAAGGGAAUAAGAGGCCAGUAGAACAAUAAGGGAAUAAGAGGCCAGUAGAACAAUAAGGGAAUAAGAGACCAGUAGAACAAUAAGGGAAUAAGAGACCAGUAGAACAAUAAGGGAAUAAGAGACCAGUAGAACAAUAAGGGAAUACGAGACCAGUAGAACAAUAAGGGAAUAAGACGCCAGUAGAACAAUAAGGGAAUAAGAGGCCAGUAGAACAAUAAGGGAAUAAGAGUCCAGUAGAACAAUAAGGGAAUAAGAGACCAGUAGAACAAUAAGGGAAUACGAGACCAGUAGAACAAUAAGGGAAUAAGACGCCAGUAGAACAAUAAGGGAAUAAGAGGCCAGUAGAACAAUAAGGGAAUAAGAGACCAGUAGAACAAUAAGGGAAUAAGAGACCAGUAGAACAAUAAGGGAAUACGAGACCAGUAGAACAAUAAGGGAAUAAGACGCCAGUAGAACAAUAAGGGAAUAAGAGACCAGUAGAACAAUAAGGGAAUACGAGACCAGUAGAACAAUAAGGGAAUAAGACGCCAGUAGAACAAUAAGGGAAUAAGAGGCCAGUAGAACAAUAAGGGAAUAAGAGUCCAGUAGAACAAUAAGGGAAUAAGAGACCAGUAGAACAAUAAGGGAAUACGAGACCAGUAGAACAAUAAGGGAAUAAGACGCCAGUAGAACAAUAAGGGAAUAAGAGGCCAGUAGAACAAUAAGGGAAUAAGAGACCAGUAGAACAAUAAGGGAAUAAGAGACCAGUAGAACAAUAAGGGAAUACGAGACCAGUAGAACAAUAAGGGAAUAAGACGCCAGUAGAACAAUAAGGGAAUAAGAGGCCAGUAGAACAAUAAGGGAAUAAGAGUCCAGUAGAACAAUAAGGGAAUAAGAGACCAGUAGAACAAUAAGGGAAUACGAGACCAGUAGAACAAUAAGGGAAUAAGACGCCAGUAGAACAAUAAGGGAAUAAGAGGCCAGUAGACAAUAAGGGAAUAAGAGACCAGUAGAACAAUAAGGGAAUAAGAGACCAGUAGAACCAUAAGGGAAUACGAGACCAGUUAGAACAAUAAGGGAAUAAGACGCCAGUAGAACAAAUAAGGGAAUACGAGACCAGUAGAACAAUAAGGGAAUAAGAGACCAGUAGAACAAUAAGGGAAUAAGAGACCAGUAGAACAAUAAGGGAAUACGAGACCAGUAGAACAAUAAGGGAAUAGACGCCAGUAGAACAAUAAGGGAAUAAGAGGCCAGUAGAACAAUAAGGGAAUAAGAGUCCAGUAGAAACAAUAAGGGAAUAAGAGACCAGUUAGAACAAUAAGGGAAUACGAGACCAGUAGAACAAUAAGGGAAUAAAGACGCCAGUAGAAACAAUUAAGGGAAUAAGAGGCCAGUAGAACAAUAAGGGAAUAAGACGCCAGUAGAACAAUAAGGGAAUAAGAGGCCAGUAGAACAAUAAGGGAAUAAGAGGCCAGUAGAACAAUAAGGGAAUACGAGACCAGUAGAACAAUAAGGGAAUAAGAGACCAGUAGAACAAUAAGGGAAUACGAGUCCAGUAGAACAAUAAGGGAAUACGAGUCCAGUAGAACAAUAAGGGAAUAAGAGUCCAGUAGAACAGUAAGGGAAUACGAGGCCAGUAGAACAAUAAGGGAAUAAGAGACCAGUAGAACAAUAAGGGAAUAAGAGACCAGUAGAACAAUAAGGGAAUAAGAGACCAGUAGAACAAUAAGGGAAUACGAGGCCAGUAGAACAAUAAGGGAAUAAGAGACCAGUAGAACAAUAAGGGAAUAAGAGACCAGUAGAACAAUAAGGGAAUAAGAGACCAGUAGAACAAUAAGGGAAUAAGAGUCCAGUAGAACAGUAAGGGAAUACGAGGCCAGUAGAACAAUAAGGGAAUAAGAGACCAGUAGAACAAUAAGGGAAUAAGAGACCAGUAGAACAAUAAGGGAAUAAGAGACCAGUAGAACAAUAAGGGAAUAAGAGAACAGUAGAACAAUAAGGGAAUAAGAGUCCAGUAGAACAAUAAGGGAAUAAGAGACCAGUAGAACAGUAAGGGAAUACGAGGCCAGUAGAACAAUAAGGGAAUAAGAGACCAGUAGAACAAUAAGGGAAUAAGAGAACAGUAGAACAAUAAGGGAAUAAGAGACCAGUAGAACAAUAAGGGAAUAAGAGAACAGUAGAACAAUAAGGGAAUAAGAGUCCAGUAGAACAAUAAGGGAAUAAGAGACCAGUAGAACAAUAAGGGAAUAAGAGAACAGUAGAACAAUAAGGGAAUAAGAGAACAGUAGAACAAUAAGGGAAUAAGAGAACAGUAGAACAAUAAGGGAAUAAGAGUCCAGUAGAACAAUAAGGGAAUAAGACGCCAGUAGAAGAAUAUGGGAAUAAGAGGCCAGUAGAACAAUAAGGGAAUAAGAGACCAGUAGAACAGUAAGGGAAUAAGAGACCAGUAGAACAAUAAGGGAAUACGAGGCCAGUAGAACAAUAAGGGAAUAAGAGACCAGUAGAACAAUAAGGGAAUAAGAGAACAGUAGAACAAUAAGGGAAUAAGAGACCAGUAGAACAAUAAGGGAAUAAGAGACCAGUAGAACAAUAAGGGAAUAAGAGAACAGUAGAACAAUAAGGGAAUAAGAGUCCAGUAGAACAAUAAGGGAAUAAGACGCCAGUAGAAGAAUAUGGGAAUAAGAGGCCAGUAGAACAAUAAGGGAAUAAGAGACCAGUAGAACAGUAAGGGAAUAAGAGACCAGUAGAACAAUAAGGGAAUACGAGGCCAGUAGAACAAUAAGGGAAUAAGAGACCAGUAGAACAAUAAGGGAAUAAGAGAACAGUAGAACAAUAAGGGAAUAAGAGUCCAGUAGAACAAUAAGGGAAUAAGACGCCAGUAGAAGAAUAUGGGAAUAAGAGGCCAGUAGAACAAUAAGGGAAUAAGAGGCCAGUAGAACAAUAAGGGAAUAAGAGGCCAGUGAAACAAUAAGGGAAUAAGAGGCCAGUAGAACAAUAAGGGAAUAAGAGGCCAGUAGAACAAUAAGAGGAAUAAGAGUCCAGAACCUAGGGAAUAAGAGGCAGUAGAAAAAUAAGGGAAUAAAGAGUCCAGUAGAACAAUAGGAAUAAGAGGGCCAGUAGAACAAUAGGGAGAAGAGGCCAGUAGAAGAAUAACGACUAAGUGGCCAGUUAUGAACACAAACAUGGAAUAAUGAGGCCGUUAGAAAAAACCAUAAGGGAAUAAGAGUCCAGUAUAGAACAAUAAGGGAAUAAGAGGCCCGAGAACAAUAAGGGAAUAAGAGGCCAGUAGAGAAUAACGAAUUAAGUGGCCAGUAGAACACAUGGGAAAUAGAGGCCAGUAGAACAAUAAGGGACGAAUAAGAGGCCAGUUAGAACAAUAAGGGAAAUAAGAGGCCAGUUAGAACAAAAGGGAAUAAGACGACAAUAGGGAAUAAGAGGCCAGAAACAUAAGAAUAAGGGCAGUAGAACAUACGUAGGAAUAAGAGAGUGAACAAUAGGGAAUGCAGCAGUAGAAGAAUAAGGGAAUAAGAGGCCAGUAGAAGAAUAAGGGAAUAGAGGCAGUAGAGAAAAGGAAUAAGAGGCCAGUAGAACAAUAAGGGAAAAAGAGGCAGUAGAAAAUAGGGAAAGAGGCCAGUGGAACAAUAAGGGAAUAAGAGGCCAGUGGAUCAAUAAGGGAAAAAGAGACCAGUAGAACAAUAAGGGAAUAAGAGGCCAGUAGAAGAAUAAGGGAAUAAGAGGCCAGUAGAAGAAUAUGGGAAAAUGAGUGGAUGCGACGGGAACAGCCCAGAAAAAUCUAUUUUAAUUUAAUAUAAUAUUAAUCAGAGGAUUUUCUCCUUUCAUGGAUCCCUCUUUCUCUUGUCGUUUUGCCCCCUUUUUCCUGGUUGGUAAAUGUGCCCCUAUUAGCCAGGGUCUGGGUCCUGGUUAGAAGGCCAUUACAACACCAUUCUGGAGAUGCAGAACUAAAUAGAUUCACCCCUCCCACACUUCUGCUAGCCAUUUGGUCAUCCUUUUCAAAUCUAUCUUUUCUUUGGGGUUUUUUCCUUCCUCUCCCCCUCCUCUAACCCAUCCUUUAUCUGCAUGAUAAAACGUCUGUUUGGCAUCUAAAGCCUUCAAGAAUAGAGGAAAACAUCCGACAUUGUCCCAGUGAACAGUUGUAGCAGACAAUUAGAGUUUGUCUGGGAUAGAAGCAGACAAGAGUGGGGUCACAGGCUCCCAGGCGUCCCCUUUGGGACCGCGGCCCAGCGAGCCACUCAGACACACACUGGGCUUUGGACAAACAUCGUCAACACACAGUCUCCGGACGUCUGAUCUCAUUAUAAAACACACUAACAUCUGCCAUGACCGUCUUAAACCGUCCGCCGCCGUACAAAGGGAAAUACUUUCUGUGGGUAUACAAAGUGUCUUUAUAGUAAUGUAUUGUAGUCCAAUCUAAAAUACAUAGAAAAUACAUCAUUGGUCGAUAUAAAAUGAAGUAAUUUCUUCACUAUGAUAAAACAUAUAUAAAUAGUAUUACUUUCAGUUUGAUAUUCAUUUGUACAUGGUAACACAGAACAAUGUAAGUUACAGUAUAUGAAGACCUAUUUUUAGUUACUGAUGAUGAACCAAUGAAAUGUUAAAGGGUUGUGGGGAAGCUUUUUUAGAUUCAAAAUGUAAAAAAGCCAAAAGGUGAAUAGUGUCCUGUCUGAACCAGGGCCACAUGGCAUGUCUGUGUGCGUCCAAAAUGUAAUCUUAUUCCCCGUACAGUGCACUACUUUUGACCAAAACUAGUGCACUGUACAGGGAACAGGGUGCCAUUUGGGACAGAGGCGUGGUAACCAAGCAGAACUGCUUUCUCCCUUGGCUGAUCAGGACUCCUGGCUGCAGUCAAGCACAAAGGACCAGAUGACGGCUUGGCUUUUCAUUCUGCUCUUCUAAAUCCCACUUCCUCUCAGACAAAACCAAAAUACUUUAAUGAUAUGCUUGAACUGUCACCCUCACUGCUGCAGCUUGAAAAUAGUGCACACACACACACACACAAAUAUGCAUGCACACACUUAUGCGUGCACACACACACACCCAAAACCCAACCCAGACACCCACAACCCACCCAUACCCCACCCACCCACACACACACACUCACACAUAGACAUCCUACGAUUCAUGGAGAGACAGUAUUUGACUCUAUAAGCAUGGUUUUGGUAGCUAAUGUUGUGUUAUUGUGUAACCCUGAUUAAUGAAGGCUCUUUAGAUGAAACAUUGGUGGAAUAAAUCCCACAGCAGGGAGAGAUGAGCCUUUCUUCUUCAUUUCUAUGGUUGUGUAAUGGUGAACGUGUCUUUUUUUGCAGGCCAACGAGUACUCCCACUCCCUGUCCUCCCUGAACCCUGGUCUGGACGGUGAGGUCAAACCCAGCCUGUCCUCCAGCGGUAACCAGAACCUUGGCCCCAGUGUCUCCGUGACACAGAGCUACUCUGUAGGUAAGGCACAGAGCCAAACACUGGUCCUGUCUGUGUGGCUCAGUUGGUAGAGCAUGAUGCUUGCAACACGAGUCCUGCAGUUGUGGGUUUGAUUCCACGCUAGGGCAACGAUACAAACAUAUUUGUAAGUUGCUUUUGGCUGUGUGUCUCAGAGUAGGAGUGCAUAUAUAGGAUCAGUUUAGCCUUUUAGAUCAUAAUUAAUAUGAUUACAUGGAGAGUUGGGACCUGAUCCUAGAUCAGUUACUCCUGGUAUAAGAUGCUUCAUACUGUACCUACGGCCCUAGCAUCGUCUGCCUGCCCAGCCAGGACAGGCCAAACCACAGCUUCAGCUAAGGGGAUUAUUGGUUUGUUUCCCAAAUGGCACCCUUUUCUAGUGCACUACUUUUGACCAGGGUCCAUAGGGCUCUGGUCAAAAGUAGUGCACAAUGUAGGGAAUGGGGUGGUAUUUGGGAUGGGCCUUUGUUCACUGUUCUGUUCAGAACAGCCAACAUUGUAAUGAAACAAAACAACAUGAUGUUGUGCAAUGCAAUGACAUGGCGUCUAUUUAUUUACAUGACAUAAAAAUAAAAAAGAAUACUCCAACCAGAAACAUCAAAGUAAGUGUGCAGAUUCUUUUAAUGCCGUUUGGUUUGACACUCUGAGUAGUAGUAGUAGUAGUGAGGGAGUUAGGUAGGAGGCAGGAGGAGGUAGGAGAAGGAGGUUUCUAUGGUACAAGCGCCCCCACCAGGUACUGGGGAGGAUGGUAGGCACGAGCCUCCAUGGAGGAGGAAGGAUAGGCCAGGGGGACGGUGACGGUAAGGAGCUCAGGAGCGUAGGAGAGAGGCAGCAUAGGAGUAGGAGAAGAGACCCAGGAGGAGGAGGUAGGUACCCAAGGAACGGAGUGAAGAGAUUAGGAGGAGCAGGAGAAGGACCCGAUACUCCCUUUCGCAGAAGUGAAGGAGGAGGAUGGCAGCGACGGAGGAGGAUGGUGAGCGACGAAGGGAGGAGGGGAGGCAGGAGGAGGAGGAAGGCAAACGGAGGGGGCCAGGAGUGAGGAAGGGGGCCAGGAGGAGGAGGAGGCGUUUAGGGAGGCUACCCGGUCAGGAGGCAGGCUAGGUAGGAGGCCGGGCGGGAAGGUCAGAGCCAGGCAGUGAGGCCUGAGGCUACUGCGAGGUGAGAAAGAAGGUGAGCUGGUAGUGACGGGAGGCUCUAGAGAGGAAUUUACGUGGACGAGGCCCAGGAGGAAGGCAGGUGAGGUAGGGCUAGGAAGAGGUGGCAGGUAAGACAGGUCAGUGUAGGAAGGCCUUCAUGGUAGGAGGCCGUGGACGGACGGAGCGCAACACUCCAGUGAGGUAGGCAGGCAGCACGGGGGCAGGCGGGGACAAAGGAGGUCAGGCAGGCAGGAGAGGAGAACAGAAGGUAGGGAGAGAGCCAGAAACCGAUCAGAGUUGUAGGAGGAGGCAGAGUAGGUUUAGGAGAGCGAGUGAGGAGGGUAGGGAGCGUCAGGAGGGAGGCAAGGGCAGGCAGGCCAGGGGGAGGGGGCGUUAUAGGCUAGGAGGUCUUCGGGGCAGAAGCUCGUAGCGUCUAGGUAGACGAAUGGUUCAGGUAGGAGGCAGGGGUAUCUCCUUACGAUAGGUAGCAGAAGACCAAAGGCAGGGCGAGGAGGGAGGCCACGGAGGUAGGGAAGAGGAGGAGGCAGGUAGGAGAAGGGUUGGGAUUUAGGAGAAGGAGGAUGGAGGCAGUAGGAGGGAGGCUCCCUAGGAUGGAGAAGACAGAACGGAGUAGGCCUAUAGUGAGCGAGGAGUACUAGAGGGAGUAGGUAGCAGUAAGCAGUGAGCAGGAGUAGUGUAGUAUAGUAGUAGUAGAGAGUAAUAGUAGUAUCAGUACGGAGAAGGACGGAAGAGCGAGGAGGGUGAGGUAGCUAAGAGGAGGAGAAGAAAGGAGAAGCCUAGGUUCCUUCGUAGUAUAGUAGUAGUUAGUAGUAGGAGUAGUAGCAGUAGUAGUAGUCCAGUAGUAGGAGCAGCAAGUAGAAGGAGUAGUAGUAGUAGUAGUAGUAGUAGUAUUAGGAGUGUAGUAGAGUUAGGAGUAGUAGUAGUCGUAGUAGUGUAAUAGUAGUAGAAGGAUCAGUAGUAGUAGUACUGAGUAGUAGUAGAGUAGUAGAGUAGUAGUAGGAGUAGUGUAGUAGUACCUAAUGUAGUAGUAGUAGUAGUAGUAUCGAGUAGUCGUAGUAGUAGUAAUAGUAGUAUCAGUAGUAUUAGUAGUAAGUAAUAGGAGUAUCAGUAGUAGUAGUGUUAGUAGUCAGUAGUAGUAGUAGAGUAGUAGUAUUAGUAGUAGUAUCAGGAGAGGAGGCACUAGGAGAGACAGGGGAAAAGGGAGGAGGAGGCCAGGACAAAGGACAGGCGACAAGGCGAAAGGGGGUGAGUACCCCGUGCGGCCCGGCACGGAGGAUGGGCAGGAACUAGGAAGAAUGGAGGAGAGAAAGGCAGGGCAGGUUCCAGGUAGGAGGAGGAAGGCUAGGUUUUAGGAGGAUAGGUCAGCAAGGCGAGAAGGACACAGGCCCUAGGAGGAGGACGCUCCCCCAGGAGAGCGAGGGUAGGAGGAGCGGAGAGAACUUGUAGAACAGGAGGGGUAGGAGUAGGUAGAAGGAGAGGAGGAGGAGAGGGAGUAAGAGCCAGGAGGGGUAGGACGAGUAGGAGGAGGAGGUAGGAGGAGUAGGAGGAGGAGGGGGGGAAGGGUGAGUAGUGAGGAGUAGGAGGUAGGUAGUAGCAGCAGGAGUAGGAGUAGUAGGAGUAGUUAGUAGUAGUAGUAGUAGUAGUAGUCGUAUAGUGGUAGAGUAGCCAGUAGUGAGUAGUCAGUAGUAGUAAGUAGUAGGAGUAGUAGCCGUUUGGUUUUGACACUCUCGAUUAGUAGUAGCAAGUAGUAUAGUAGCAGCCUAGAACAAAGGAGGAGGAGGUGCCAGACGGAGGUACGCGAGCGAGGUAGCGACCGCAGGAGACGAGGAGGAGGCAGACGGCAGGGGAAGCGUAGAGGGAGGGUAGGUGGGCAAGGCGGAGAGGAGGAGGGCAUAUAUGGGAGAACCUCACGUGUUCCAAUUUUCCCCCGUUCAGGAGUCUUUUUCACUUUAGUCCAAACCUAGCUACCCCUAUUACCUUUAGUUCUCUCAUCUCAAGCUCUACUCCCUACUUUUUUGUCCCGUGUGCUAACUAUCCACUCCAUCGCUACUUCCAUCCAUCCAGUCCCCUUGUUUUCUACCCCUAGGAGUAGGCAGAAGGCAAGGUCAGGAGGGGGCUAGACAGGUGAGGAGUAUGCCAGACAAGUCGUAGGAGUAGUAGGAGUAGGAGUAGGUGAGGUUGAGUAGUAGUGGGAGACAGUUGUAGUAAGCAGUAAGUAGUAGGAGUUAGUAGUAGUAGUAGUAGUAGUAGAGUAGAGCAGCAGUAGCAGUAGUAGUAGUACUAGAGUAGUAGUUAGCAGCAGCAGCAGUAGCAGGAGCGUGUGUAGUAGUAGUAGUAGUAGUUUAGAGUAGUAAUUCAGUAGUAUCAGUAGUAGUAGUAGUAGUAGUAGUAGUAGUAGUAGCAGCGUUUAUAGAAGUAGUAGUAGUGGAGUGUAGUAGUAUAGGGGAGGAGGAGGAGAGGAGGUAGUAGGAGAAAGAAGGUGAGAAGGAGGAGUAGGAGUAGUAGGAGGAGUGAGUAGUGUAGUCAGUAGGUCAAGUAAGUAGUAGGUAGAGUGCAAAGUAGUAGUAGUGGAAGUCGAAUAUAGUAGUAGUAGUAGUAGUAUCAGUAAGUAGUAGUAGGAGUAGUUAAAUAGUAGUAUCAGUUAGUAUUAGUAGUAUGUAAUAGUAGUAUCAGUAGUAGUAGUAGUAGGAAGGGUAGGAGUCAGGCAGUAGUAAAAUAACUAGGAGUAGUAGGUAGGAGUAGUAUUCAGGAGUAGGUAGGUCAGUAGUAGAGUACGGAGUUAGUAAGAGUAGUAUCAGUAGUAUCCCGUCGUAGUAGUAGUAGUAAUAUUAGAUCAGUAGUAGUAUAGUAGUAGAGUCAGUAGUAGUAUCAGUAGUAGUAGUAGUAUUAGUAGUAGUAUCAGUAGUAGUAGUGGAAGGAGGUAAGUAGGAGGAGGAGUAGUAGGGAGUAACUCAGGAGGAUAAGUAGGAAGUAGUAGGUAGGGUAGUAGUAGUAGUAGUAAGUAGGAGUAGUAGAGAAAGCUAGCAGUAGUAGCAGUAGUAGUAGUAGUAUCAGUAGUAUCAGUGAAGUAGGCCAGGUAGGAGGAGAACGUGAGAAGGACGGAGGAGUCUCAGGACAUGGAGGAGGGGAGCGAGGAGGAGGCAGGAGAGCGGCAGGAGGAGGUAGGUCAGGUAGGAGGUCAGAAGCAGGGAGGCAGUAGUAGUAGUAGGAGGAGUAGUAGUAGUAGUAGUAGUAGUAAGUAGAAGCAGCACGAAGCAGUAGCAGAGUAGUAGUAGGAGUAGUAGUAUCAGGAGUAGUUAGUAGAGUAGUAGUAGUAAGUAGUAGUAGUAGCGGAGUAGUAGUAGUAAUAGUAGUAGUAGGCAGGAAGGAAGAACUGAAGGCAGGAGCGAGGCAGGUAUGGCCAAGAGGAGGAGGACGGAGGAGGCUUGGAGGAGCGGCAGGAGGAGGAGAAGGAGGCUGCAGGAGGAGGCAGGCAAGAGGAGCGUAGAAGGAGCGAUAGGUAGGAGGGAGGCAGGAGAGCAUGCUUCAGGAGGCAGUAAGGAGGUAGGAGGAGAUCUGGGAAGGAGGUACAAGUAGGCCCUAAGGACGGAUCGUCAGGAUAAGGCGAGGAGCGACGGCAAGGAGGUAGGAGGAGGAGGUAGGAGCGAGGCAGGCAGGGAGAAAGGAGGAGAAGGUGUUUCUACGGAUAGGCUCAGGAGGAGGUAGGAGGAGGAGAGGAGGAGUAGGAGAAGAAGGAGAAGGUUAUCAGGAGGAGAGGUAGAUACGGAGGUAGGCGGCGAGGAAGACAGCCACAGAAGAAGGUAGAAGGACCGGAGUAGGAGGAGUAGUAGUGUAGUAGUAGUAGUACGUAAUAGUAAUAGUAGUACAGUAGUAUCCGUAGUUAGUAGUAGUAGUAGUAGGAGUAGUAGUAGAGUAGUAGUGAGAGCAGCAGUAGCAGUAGCAGUAGGAGGCCCCAGGUACGGUGGAAGGAGGAGAAGGAGUAGGAGCGAGGGGUUAGGAGCGAGGAGGUUGAGAAGGACGACUAGGAGUAGGAGGAGGAGGAGGCAAUCAGGCACCUUUUCCUUCAUUUCCUUCAGGAGGCACGGCCUCAUGGACGGAGGAGGAGGAGGAG